AUGGACCAAAGCCGGCGGGUGAGCGUCGGCGUACGCGUCCGGCCUCUCUCGCGCCGGGAGCAGGCGUGCGAGCUCGCCAAGAGCGCAUGGUCCUGGCAUGGCCCAACGAUCUCGCAGCAGAUCUUCCCGGCGCAAGCCAGCGCCAAGAAGGCCACGACCACGUCGUACACGUUCGACCAGCUGUACGCGCCGGACGUGCCUGCUGCCACAAUCUACGAAAGCAGCGUGCAGCCGACGCUCGACGCGUUUCUGGCCGGCUACAAUGGCCUCGUCGCGUGCUACGGGCAGUCGCAGUCGGGCAAGUCGUUCACGAUCGCCUCGCUCACGAUCCACAUCCUAAACGACAUCUUUUGUCACGUUCGCGCCACAGCGGCGACCGUCGAGUACAUGCUUCGGGUGUCGUAUGUAGAAGUCCACGACGAGACGCUCGUGGAUCUGCUUGCGACGGAGCCCGCCUCGGCAGUGACGCUGCACCAAGGCGCCACGGACCGCGUGUGGGAGCUCCGGGGACAUACCGACAUACCCGUCACGACUGCGGAUGACGCCCUCGCUCUCGUCCAAGCCGGCAACACAAAGUGCCGCGGUGAAGCAUCUUGCCGUCACAUACUCUUGCGAUUGACGCUAGAACGUCGGAGCAAAGAUGGUGGGUCACCACUGCGUGUGUCUACCCUGGACGUUGUCGAUUUGGCUGCUUCAGAGAGCGUUGCCACCACUGCCAACCCGGUCGACCGAAGCCUCUUGGCCUUUGGUCAUGCAAUGUGGCUGUUUAGCCACACGCCGACGACCGCUGUGCCGUACCAGGACUCGGUAUUGACGCAGCUUGUAUCGCCGACACUGACGCUGGCGUCUGCGGUGGCGCUUCUCUGUACGGUCGCGCCGUCCGUCGACUGCCUCUUCGAGACCCAUGGAACACUCAAGUUUGCGAGUCGCGUCAAGCGCAUCUGGCUGCGACUUGAACUGCCUGUCUAUCACGGCACGUUUCAGCUGUCGGAGCGGCGGCUCAAGACGCAACGCGCAUGCGACGCGGACCUUGAAUGCAAGGUGCGGACCGAGCUCGCGAUCCGACAACUCGCGCGCACGUUUUUGAACCGAAGGCUGAACGACGACGACGAUGCGUUUGAGGUCCAGCACGCCUAGCACCUGGCAAGACGGCAAAGAUGUGUGUUGUGUAACGAUCAAGUAGGCAGUACUAGGUAAUGCAACAAGUACACGCAGCAGCAUCGUCGACACGCAGACCCAUGCAUCGGUACUAAAUCAACUCCGACUCGACUUGCAUGACCUUGCCGUCAAUGAGGCGACACGACAACGGCUCUUGCAGCUCACGGACACACUCGAAGACGAGUACGAGAGAGCCGUGCGCGCGAUGGAUCACCUUGCAAAAGCCCAUCGCGCCACAGCUUCGUCAGAGGACAAACCAUCGAGUGACGAUAGUUUCUACUUGUGAGAGCAUCUCUUGCACCAGAAUAUAAAAUAAGCAUGCUGAC